AUGUAUCAGGGUCUGGCCCUCACCCCCAACCAUGGCCAGUCGGCUUAUUCCCACGACUCCAGCAACUUCCUCCACUCGUCGGCCGGCUCGCCCGUCUACGUGCCCACCACCCGGGUACCCUCCGUCCUCCAGACGCUGCCCUACCUGCAAGGCUGCGAGCCGCACCAGAGCCACCUCGGCAACCCCCCGGGCUGGGGGCAGAGCGGCGGCGAGGCCGGGGCUUUCAACGCCGGCAGCCCCCACCCGCCCUCGGGCUUCUCGUACUCGCACAGCCCGCAGGGCAGCAGCCCCUCGGGCCGCGACGGCGCCUACCAGGGGCCCCUGCUGCUGGGCGGCGGGGGCCGGGAGCAGUACGGCAACGCCUUGGUGCGCUCCGUUAACGGGUCCUACUCCAGCCCCUACCCCGCCUACGUGACCCCCGAGAUACCGCCUUCCUGGACGGCCGGACACUUUGAGAGCAGCGUGCUGCACAGCCUGCAGACGAGGCAGGCGGCCUUGCCCGGCCGCAGGUCCACUUUCGAGUACCUGGAGGAGUUCCCCGGGGACGGCCGCGAGUGCGUGAACUGCGGAGCCAUGUCCACCCCGCUCUGGAGGAAGGACGGCACCGGGCACUACCUGUGCAACGCCUGCGGGCUCUACCACAAGAUGAACGGCAUCAACCGGCCGCUCAAGCCGCAGAAGAGGCUGUCUUCAUCGAGACGUGCUGGCCUUUGUUGCACUAACUGCCACACCACCAACACCACGCUGUGGAGGAGGAACGCCGAGGGCGAGCCCGUCUGCAACGCCUGCGGCUUGUACAUGAAGCUCCACGGGGUACCACGACCUCUGGCCAUGAAAAAGGAAAGCAUCCAGACGAGGAAAAGGAAGCCUAAAAACAUUACCAAAGGCAAAGCCUCAACAGGAUCCACGACUUCGGCCACUAACUCCCCUUCUUCCAUUACCAACUCAGACAGCACGGUCACUUUAAAGUCAGAGCCCAGCACAACCUCACAGUACCCCGGACAAACCAUCGUGUCGGUGUCCCAGGCACAGAGCCAGUCGGACGAGGCGCUGGCCGGCGGCCACGGCGAGUUCAAGUUCGAGCCCGAGGACUACAGCUUCUCCCCCGGCAGCAUGGCCCCGCAGCCCGGGCUGAGCGUGCCCCUCCGCCAGGACUCCUGGUGCGCCCUGGCGCUCGCCUAGGAACCG